CUGAGUAUAGUUCGAACAGGAGGGAAUUGUAGAAAAAACCCCUUGUUCUCAGCAGUCAAUUUUUCCAAAUCCUCAAUCCAACUGGUGUUCCCCAUCUCGCCACCCAUACAAAAACGGGGACUGAACUCAAUUUAAUUUCUCCUCAGGUCUCUGCGCAAUAUACAAACGUAUAGAUACGACCUAUACAUACUUGCAUCUUCAUGGAAUGCAUGAAUGCGAUGUCGUUAAGAGCAUCAUCCCCUGCCAAGAUUGCAGCACAGGGAUUUUCUUUUCAGCAAUCCCUCAAUCCCGUACCCCCCAAAUCCGCUUUUUUCAGGCUUAUGCCGCAGACCCACAUGCUGAUUCACUCUCCCUUCAAGCAAUUGUCAUUACCCGCUAUUAAAUCUCAACAGUUUGAAUUGAAGGAUGGGUCAGCUACGGUGUCUGAAACUAAAACUUCUGAGGGGGAUGCUCUAAAAGUUAAAGAGUGGGAAGUUGGGAUGUUCCAGGAUGAAGUGGCAGCAAGUCAAGGUAUAAAGAUUAGGAGGCGGCCACCAACUGGACCACCUCUUCACUAUGUUGGUCCCUUUGAAUUUCGUUUGCAGAAUGAAGGCAACACCCCACGCAAUAUUCUUGAAGAAAUUGUAUGGCAUAAGGACGUGGAAGUCUCCCAGAUGAAAGAGAAGAAACCACUGGGAAUGUUGAAAAAAUUGCUUGAUAAUGCUCCGCCAGUUCGAGAUUUUAUUGGAGCUCUUAAAGAGGCAAACUCACGGACUGGUUUCCCUGGUUUAAUUGCUGAAGUGAAAAAGGCUUCUCCAAGUAGAGGGGUUCUCAGAGAAGAUUUUGAUCCUGUUCAGAUUGCUAAAGCUUAUGAAAAAGGUGGAGCAGCUUGCCUUAGUGUUCUGACUGAUGAGAAGUAUUUUCAGGGAGGCUUUGGAAAUCUAGAGGCCAUAAGGAGGUCUGGUGUAAAGUGUCCUCUCUUGUGUAAAGAAUUCGUAAUAGAUGCAUGGCAAAUCUACUAUGCUCGAGUAAAUGGUGCGGACGCAAUUCUAUUAAUUGCUGCUGUUUUACCUGAUCUGGACAUCAAGUACAUGACUAAGAUUUGCAAAUUGCUGGGGUUAACGGCACUGGUUGAGGUACAUGAUGAGAGAGAAAUGGACCGUGUCCUCGAGAUUGAUGGGAUUGAACUCGUUGGCAUCAAUAAUAGGGACCUAGGAACAUUUAAGGUCGAUAUUGCCAACACCAAAAAGCUUCUCGAAGGUGAGCGUGGGGAGAGGAUACGUCAAAAAGGCAUUACCGUUGUUGGGGAGUCUGGACUCUUUACUCCUGCCGAUAUUGCAUAUGUGCAAGAAGCUGGUGUUAAAGCGGUACUGGUUGGCGAGUCAAUUGUUAAGCAAAACGACCCUAGUGUGGGAAUAGCCCAACUCUUCGGUAAAGAUAUUUCUUCAUGAUGCUCGCUCACAGAUGCACAUCUCUUGGAGCUCCACGACUGUGGAGAUAAGGCUUAGUAGCGCUAGAUUAAGUUGUCCCGUCCCCUCUUUGUUUAUAACUGAUCCGCAUACAAAAUCUGUCUCGAUAAUGUACACCUAUUUGCAGUUUUGUAAUACAAUCCUUACAGGUAUUUUGCUCCGACAGCUUCUUGGUACUCCUGUUCAAUCAUCGGAUAGUUCUUUUGUUGCUUCA